AUGUAUCGAAAUGGCCGCUGGGCUGUUGAUGCUGUGCCUCGAGAUGGCUUCCAACCCCACCCACGACCGGUGGAUUACCACGGUCGAGAACGCAGAUACACUACACCGUACCACCGCCAGUGCACACGCUUUGAUUCCGUAACCACUGAUAAUCGGUUAAAACGCAAAAACACCAAACGCCGCCCCCAUGCUGCCUAUUCCGUUGAGGGCUCGAACUCUAACGUUGCAUGCCCUCGGCUUCAGAACCCCGCCUCAUCGCUUGGCCCAGAUGCCGGAUGGUUGACGGAUGAAGAGGCGAGUAGGGGGGUGGACGCGUGCUUCAAGAAGAGGCAGAAUCAUGUCCAGGGACGGAUCUUGCGGAAGCUGCUGAAUCGCGAGCUGGCUUUCGACCAGGAAUCGCUAGACCGCAUCCGCUUCGCUGCGGACUACGUUCUCUUUGACGGCAUGCUCCGUGGAAAAGUCAAGUGGAGGUGGUCGAAGGAAGGUGAGGAGGGCUACGAGAAUGAGCUCCUGGGCUCGACGACGCCGCAGUAUUCACCAGAGACCGGUAUCGAGGCCUGGGUUGUGCUGUCGCGGCCCCUCCUGCUGUCCGGUAGGUACAGCCAGGACCUGCUCCUCUCGACGUUCCUCCACGAGAUGGUGCACUGCUACCUCUUCAUAUGCUGUGGCGACCGGGCUCAGAAGGACGGGGGGCACACGCCUGGAUUCCAACAGAUUGUGCAGCUCAUCAACGGCUGGACCGGGAACUCACGCCUGCGCCUCUGCAGCAUGAAGGCGGACCUGGACCACUUCACGGUCGGGUCGGAGGACUUGUCCUGCUGUCCUGUGGCGGAGGAUAUCGCCUACGAGCCGUCGUCUACCAGCCAGUAUGUGGACUUCGGCGACUGCACCUUUGUGUGCGGUUCGGGCCAACAUACGUUAUCAGGAAAUGGACAUCCGCUGCCAGGGUUCGAGGAGAUUCAUAGGAAUGUUUCUCUGCCCCCAUUGGCAUAUGUUAGCAUGCAAGAGCGGAUGAUGCAGGCGCUGGGUGGAUCGGUUACCAUGCCCAUCUGUUGA